AAAUGUCCCUAAGUGGUGGCACUGCAGGCGGGAAAGGUGUGGACUCUAAUGCGGUGGACACUUAUGACAGCGGGGAUGAAUGGGAUAUUGGUGUUGGAAAUCUGAUUAUUGACCUCGACGCUGACUUAGAGAAGGACAAACUUGAGAUGUCUAACACCAAGGACGGCAUGGCGGCGCCACCCAGUGCAGUAGCAGCGUUGCCUGACAACAUCAGAUUUGUGAGCCCAGUGUCUGGCUCUCAAGGCAAGGAAAGCAAAUCCAAAUACAAGCGCAGUAAAAACUCCAAGGACACUAAUAGCAAAGCUUCAACUGGAGAUGGGGCAAAAAAGGAAACUCCAGGACGGACUCAAGGCGAGCCAACUGGCACCGCAACAAAUGCAGUGGUCGCAGGCAGCAAUUCGACCUCUGGGAAGAACAUUGAAAAAGGGGGCAAAACCUCCAGAGGUGUUCUGAGUGGGAAGAAGGACAAAGAAGGGGCUCCGGGCAAAAGUAAAAAGGACAAAACAGAGGGAGCUGCAGUUGUUGCAAUUGCUGCGGUGGAGAAGGAGGUAGUGUCUCAAGUUCAAGUUGCUCUGGGGAACUGUCGUAAUGCACCCUUCGAGGGCACACAAUCAACGGACUUAGUAGAAGCCAAUCAAAUUGGGAAUAUUGCUCUUGAACCUGUUGGGAUAUUACCAGCAUUAACCACAAAAACUGAGCCAGAGGAGAUUGAAAACGGUAAUGCUGAAUGCAAGGCCUUGAAGAAGGUGAAAAAUGAAAAGAUGGAAUCUCCUGUCUCAACACCAGUCCCUCCCCCGCUUCAUCUUUUGGCUGCAGUAGGCAACAGUGAGAUUGCCUCGCCAUGUGAACAGAUAAUGGUGCGCACACGUUCAGUAGCAGUGAACACAUCCGAUGUGGCCCUAUCCACGGAACCCGAGUGCUUAGGACCCUGCGAACCCGGCACAAGUGUCAAUCUCGAAGGCAUUGUGUGGCAAGAAACUGAAGAUGGGAUGUUGGUGGUAAAUGUUACUUGGAGAAACAAGACGUAUGUGGGUACACUUUUGGACUGUACACGGCAUGACUGGGCUCCACCUCGAUUUUGUGAAUCCCCUACAAGUGACCUGGAAAUGAGGAAUGGCCGUGGCCGAGGUAAACGGAUGAGGCCAAACAGCAACACUCCGAUCAACGAGAACAGUAACUCAUCAGAUAACAAAGGCGCCACCAACAACAAAACACGCGGCGCUUCUAACAGUAAGGGCCGAAGGGGCAGCCAGACACCGUCGGAGCGGCGCACUCCACCCAAUAGCAACACAGAGGAUAUUAAGGCCAGUCCCUCCUCAGCUGGAAAACGGAAGGCCAAACCUGCAUCAGACAUGGAGCCUAAUUCCAGCUCAGAGGACACCAAAGGCAACAAACGUAUGCGGACAAACUCUAACAGCGGAGGGGCGGGUCUAUCGGGUCUUCUCAUUCCUGCUAUCAAGACCGAGCCACUUGCACCCCCCCUUGAUCGGAGCUGUCCUUCACCUGUUCUCAUCGAUUGCCCUCAUCCCAACUGCAACAAGAGGUAUAAGCACAUUAAUGGUCUCAAGUACCACCAAGCCCGUGCCCACACGUAUGAUGACGUGAAGCUGGAAUUGGAUGUGGACAGUGAAUAUGGAGAAGAUUCGACACUUCACCCCGAACCUGAGAAUUGUAAUGGUGCAUCCAUCUCACAUAAGGGAUCAUUUUCUCCAGCACGCUCAGUCACGCCGAAAGGAAGGAACUUUGAUGUUCAAAGUACUUCCCCAUCACCUGGGAAGUUUUGCUCAAAGCAAAGCAAAAAGAAAAUAGCUGAAACAGAACCGGAAAUCAGUACACCAAUGGAAGGCUGUGACGAUGGGGCAUGUCUUUCGGACGAGGCCAGUAAUGAUGGCAUUGAUGAAAAAAGAGGCACGGACAAGUCCAAAAAAGCUAACACAAAGGCCGAUAAAAUGGGCCCAAGAAAUGUGAAGUCACCACGAACUGUUGCCACCGGUGCUUCGGCUACACAGCAAAUGUACUCUUUCCCUGCAGGAAACCCGAAUUCUUCCCCAGGGCUUACCCCCAUUUUGCAAGGAAUCCCCAAGAGUCCCCAAAUGAAAGGCGCACAGUCAAAAAACCCUGCCGUAGGAGAUGCUCCCUCAAGUAGCACAAAAGACAAGAAGAAGAAAGACAAGAAGAAAAAGGACGGCGGCAAGGAAGCUGACAGCCCCAAGUCAAUGGGAAAGGGGGGGAAGCUGGAGGAGAGCAAAGCAUCGUACACAGAAGUACCUGAACAAGGAAACAAGGCUGAAGGGCUUCUCAAUGGGUCCUCCGACCCUCAUCAGAGUCGACUGGCAAGCAUCAAGGCUGAGGCUGACAAGAUAUACAGUUUUACAGAUAACGCUCCGAGCCCAUCCAUAGGAGUAGCCAGUCGCAUAGAUGGCAGUGGAAUGCCACAGCCACUUACGCCUCUUCACAUGAACCAGAACGGUGCUGACAACUCAUCGGUGAAAACUCACAGCCCAGCAUACUCGGAUAUCUCCGAUGCUGGUGAGGAUGGUGAAGGCAAACUAGAGAAUGUCAAAAACAGGACAGAAGACCAGGCACUCAGAGAAAGUGUCAAAAAAGCUCUUUUUCCAAAUCCGCCACCCAACAAAGAUUCCCCAUACUAUGCUGGCUACGACACAUAUUACUCACCCAAUUACGUCAACCCCAGUCCCGGCGGACCAAAUCCAGGCACGCCUGGGACCGACGGUCAGAUGAAGAUCAAAAGGGAGGAUGACCAGGAUCAGGGUGAGGAAAAAGCCAAGGUUGAGGUUCAUGAGGAUCGCAAACCUGACAUUGCUCCUGGCCAGCAGCAACAACAACAGCAACCCUCCGUCAUUCAACAACGAUCCAAUGUGUAUAUGCAACCACUUUAUUACAAUCAGUAUGCCUACGUACCGCCAUAUGCAUAUCAUUCCGAUCAGGCAUACCACAACCAUUUAAUGAAUACCAAUCCAGCCUACAGACAGCAAUUUGAGGAGCGUCAGCGACAAAUGGCAGAGCAGCAUCGUGCCGCUGAGAAAAAGUCCGACAUGGCCAUGAAAGAAAGAGAAGCUUCCAUCAAGGAAGAUUGGAAACAAAAGAACCCAAUGCAGCCAAACCUCUCCAAAACGAGUCAGUCAGAGAUUGGAAAGACGACGCAGCCCACCAACAAAUCCAGGGACUCGCCCUCUGAGGUCUCUUCCAAAUCCAUGGGAAGCAUCAAGGCGGAGUCCCAGCAAGUUGAAGGUCUCAAGAUGAAGCUGACAGAAGGGGGGCACCAUGGGAAGGAGGACUCAAAGCAAGGGCCGGAUUCAAGAGCUCAGGCUGGUACGGAGCAGGCUGUGUGGUACAGACAGCAAUACCCUGAGAGUCAGAAGGCUCAAGCGGAAGUUGAACACCAGCAACAACAAUCUCGAUGGAAAGAUGAACGGGACAGAGAACGGGAGCGUGAUCGCAAAUCAAAGGAAGAAAGGUGCAGGCCUAAGGACUGUCAAAGCGGGCCUAAGGAGGACGGCAAAGAAAUGACUGACCCUCGAAUUCAUUCUGAGGAACAUCGGACCUUGAGCAAAGACGCUCGUACCAAUGCCCACUUGCAGUUUUCAUCACCACUAGUACAGCACCAAGGAUACAUGCCGUACAUGCAUGGUUACCCCUAUGGACAAGGUUAUGACCCCAACCACCCUGGUUACAGGGGCAUGCCUUCGGUCAUGAUGCAGAACUACCCAGGUUCUUACCUUCCUGGAGGUUAUCCUUUCUCUCCAUACGGCACUAAAAUAGCCGGAGCUGAAGAGGCCAACGACAAAUCCCGCAUGAGCCCUACUGUCAACAAAAUGGCUACAGACCCCAAAGCUCUAGAUAUCCUCCAUCAACACGCCAGCCAAUACAAAAGCAAAUCUCCGACAGUAGGGGACAAAUCUCUUGAUAGAGAGCGGGAGCAGGACAGAGGAGCCGGCGGAGAAAGGGAUCGCGAAAGAGAUGUCGAUCGGCCGCGCUCCUCGCCUUCUCAGCGGAUCAUGCCCUCUCACCACCACCUGGGAUACCCCCUGCUCUCAGGGCAGUAUGAUCUUUCCUACGCCACAGGCAAACCAGACCGCCACACCUCAACCCUGCAAAGAUUCAUGUGACUGGCUCACAUGAGAAAAGGAUUUCCCGGGUGUUUCCUUUAAGACAUCAGUUCAAUGGUGUUUCUGUGUGUUUAGUCGAUCUGCCCGAGUGUCGGCAGCUUGUUGACGUCUUUCUUCCCCGUCGAAAGAAUCUCAAAGCUGAUCUAAUCCAAGUUCAAAGCCAUCACUCUACUCCUUCAUGCAGGGGAAAAAAAAAUGCCUCCCCUCUGAUGAUCUAGUCUUUGCACUGUCAACAAAUACAAUGCAAAAAUGGACUAUUGGACUUUUUAAGAUUUUGUUUUGACUACAUUAUUUUUGUGUGUCGUAUACAGAAGAAUCUAGUGGAGGAUCCGGAGGGGGAGUCGGGUGACUGAUGGCAAAGGGGAGUUGAAUUAAAUUAAAGACUUGCAGAGAAAAUUUUAUUGAGAUGCGUUCAACUUUAUGUCGCUGGCGUUUUGAUGCCAUGACGCAACAAUAUAUCCUAAACUUGACAAAUGUUUGGUUCUAUUUGAUUGGGGAAAGGGGAAUAUGGCAACUGCUGCUUGCUUUCUUCAGAGACUUAGAAGCCUGAGACUGAAGUUUUCAUCCUCACCGUCACCAUUAUUUCCCACAUGUCAAAUCCUCAGUUCAUGUUUCAGGGACCGAUGUCACCGUGUUUUUGCGAAGGGACCUCAUACACCUCAACCGAGAUUAAUUAAAAAGAAACAAAACAAAACAAACAAAAAAAACGUGAUAAAUGCUUGCUUUCGUCAACUGACUAAAUUUCAAUCGCGACGGUCAUCUUUGAAUGUCUUGAAUGCCGGUGUCAACGCUGCUUCGCCUCACAGUCAAGCCACAUCAGUUAUGGCGACACUUGUCGGGGUACUCCGAGUUUACUUUGCCUCAUAAACUUUAUGUUCUGCUGUAAUAUCAACCGUCCACGGAUAAACGUAAAACGAGUCCCAGAAUUUGUGCAGGCACCUGAAUCCUCUAUCAAUAUCCGGAACCCCUCUGACGCGGAUUUGCCGUUCAAUGUGUCCAUCUAUGACUGAUAUGGCUUCACUCUUGAACACAUUCAUCUCUUUAUCAUUCUCUUUUAAAUUAUUGUUUCUUCAAGUCCAAACUUGAUAUUUUGGUUAUUUGCUAUUUGGGAUGUAACUUCUGGCACAUUGAUUUACAUACUCCUAAUUGUGAGAAGAUGAGUAAAUACUAAAUAUAUCCGCAAUGUCCUCUCAAUUCAUGUAUUUGAGUUUCACUUAAGUGGUGCUGCGGUGUAACCAAGUCACGCCCAAAACCUCAGCUUUCAAAUGUCUGUUUCUUUGAGCAGUCGGGUGGGUGGGAAGAACAUGUCUGGGAUGGAGUUGACACCAAAUAGAUGUUAUUUUUUUCUUUUGUUUUUUGCAGUCAUUUGCAUUUGUUAGCAUUGUUGCCCAGCCAGCAGCUAGCAGGUCCUACAUGUUGUUGGUCUUCGCCAGUACACCCCUCGACCAUUUAUCAAAACGGCAUCUCCUUGACGUCUGUGCUUUUUAAAGAUGACGAAUGGCUGAAUCGGGUGAAUGUGGUGGUGUUCGAUUAGUAUUUAAUCUGUAAGGGUAAUCUAGGCAGCUGUGAUGUUGUCAUUCAAGUCAGUGAGGUUUUAGUACCAGCAGACUUCAUACAUAUACAGUACAUAUAGUUUUAUCAAACAAUGGUUGUGACAAGUGCAUUUGUUUGCUCACAGAGUAGUACUUUUAUCUCGGUAGUCAGCAAUGCCCAGUGAAAAAUCGAAACUAUAUUCUAAAAGUGUAUGAAAAGCCAGAAAAGUUCAUGUUUGCUUUCAACAUAAUGGAAAGUGCUUGGCUCUUGUGUUUUGUUUCAAUGGUGCAGAGUAUAUUUAUUGGCCAGCAGUUGGUGCCUAGUUGAACAUUCUUGUGUGGAAACACAGAGACACUCACUCGUUUGUCCCUCCCUGACCCAAUUUGUGUCGUACAGACACCCCACCCCCUCACCCAGCACCCCCCUCAAAGUACCCGCAGAGGUGCUUGCAAGGAUGUUUACAGCGUCUUCUUCUGUGUAAGACAUUUAGAACCGUCUCUCUCCUCCUCCCCCACCUCCUCUCCUUUCUCUCCCUCCCUUCAGGAGUUUGUGAAAAGUGUACAUUACCAUGGUUCUUUUUUUUUUUUUUUAUACAAUACUCUGUAACUUGCCUUUGUAAAUUUGGGCUGGAAAAAUAAAUCUUUUUAUGAGACAA